AUGCGGUCAUCACGUAGCCUGCACGCACUUCUCGUUGUGUUCGUGACUGCGCUGUCGAUCGCGGCUCAGGGCACAGGGUCGUGGCCGCUGCUGCUCGACUGCGGUGGGGCAAAGUCACGCUGCACGCUCGGCCCACCAAUUGCGUUCGCCACACUCACCGCAGCAACAGCAAGCAGCAGCGGCAGCAGCAGCAGUAGUAGUAGUAGCAGCAGCAGUGUUAGCACCAAGGACAGCAGCGAUGACUUGUACGUCACAUCUCAGCAGCAGCAGCAGCAAGAACAACAUGAUCAUCAUCAUGGCGAUACGCACUCCGUCAUUCUGCGGUCGGGGCGGACAGUGAAUGAAUUCAUGCACAAAACGAGCACCAAGAACAGCGUGGUUCCUGUCACGCUGACUGGGGACACAAGGUUUGUUGUGGAGUUCAACGGCGAGGCGAAUCACAUCAUCAGUAUCGUCGCGCAGCUGCUGGAGAACCGCUACGACAGCAGCAUCCCAGUGGACAACUGCUACGGCCUCUACAUCAACGUUGAGGUGCGCACCAAAGANGAGGCGUCGGGGGCGGGGGACGCGGACGGCGACAACAGCAGCAGCACGCUGCCGUACAGGCCGAGCAACAAGGAAUCUCCAAGCGCGUGGUCGCUCUUCUGGAACGCCAUUGCCACGAUCCUCGACAGCAGUGCCUUCUGCAAUCUCCUGCCGAUGGUGAUGCUUCGCGUCGCGCCGACGGCGGAGGAAAAGGCGUACUAUUUCAUCAUUAAUUCGCGUCGCGGGUAUGCGAUGAGUUCCGGCAACUCCACGUGUCAGAUGCGCGUUUUCGUUCAGCAGAGCCCCGUUGAGACGGAGGUGUGGAUGCAGAACGUCUUUGCUCUCGCCCUGCCGCUGGUGUUUCUGCUGCUGACGGCACCGUACACACUUUGGCGCAUCGACUUGCUCCCCGCCUACCUUUCCGACAUUGACGUGGUGGGCUGGCUGUGGUACCCACCGUACGCCCUGCGCAAUGCCGUGAUUGGCGUGGCGGUCAGCAGCUACAUGUUCCUGCUGGGCCUCUACACUGAGCGGCGUGCNAGGCAGCACCAGAGCCGGCUGGAGGAGCAGCACCGCCGCCUCAUGGAGGAGGCGCGUGCGCGGCAGAGGCAGGAAUCCACAUCGCCGACCAUGCUGGAGCAAGAACCACAGCAACAACAGCAGGCAACUGUGCCUACAGACGUCCUCACUAGUGGUUACAGCGCCACUAGCCAUCACGGCGAGAGUGAGCACCACACAACGACGGCAGUUCACAUAUCCCUGCCUCAACAAGGAGCGGCAGAAGCAGUAGGCGCCCCCUCCUCCUUGAAGAGGAAGAAGCACAUGGUGGUGGGGGAAAAGCAGCAGCUCCUGAGAGCACCCACCGAGGAUGAGGAAGAACCGCAUACCAGCUUGGUGACGACGCCUAAGAGCAGUCGUCUAGCGGCAUCGGUGUCGCAGUACCCACGCCACUCCGAACAGGAGCGGGGCGAAUCUGCCGUUGCUCUUCCCAACCCGCGCGAAAUGACCGAAAUGGAUCCGCCUUGCGUGGUGCAAAUGCAGGCACCCGGCAACGCACAGGAGAAGAGGCAGCAGCAGCAAGACACCGCGGCGGAGGACGGCACCGACCAAAAAAAGACGGCAGCUGGCAGCCACACAUUCUUGUACCAAGCCAGCGAGGAGGAAGAGGAUGAGCGUAUCUGCCGAAUUUGCCGCGACGGUGAGGAAGACGAAAAGCUUGUAUCGGCAUGCGAGUGCACCGGCUCCGUCCGCUGGGUGCACCGCACGUGCCUCGACCACUGGCGCAUGGAGAGUGCGAAGCGCAACGUGCGAAACGUGAACCGCUGCGAGAUCUGCAAGAAGCCGUUCAGCAUCUCCAUCCGGCGCCGCACGCUGCUGUGGCAAAGCUCGCGCCACAUCGUGCUCGGCAUCGCCCUUGCGGUGUCGGUUGCGAUUGUGUUCGCCGCCGCCACGAUGUCGAUACACGCCACACUGGGCGAGAUGUCCUGCCGGACACCGUGGAGAACCGUGGCGUACCGCACGAUGUUCAACCUGGACGGGAUGAUCCUCACAAUGUUCGCGUACUUCAUGCUCACGCUGCUUGCGGCCUUCGCCUUUGCGUUAGUGUACAGCCGGUGGCAUGUGCGCGCUGAGACGGAGGCACAUGUGCACGAGUUCCAGCUGCUGCCGGAGUUCUGGACGCGGCGCAACACCGCACACGUUGUGGCAGUGUACGUGACAGGCCUGUUGCAGGCCCUUGCGCUGGGCUACCUGGUGAAGCUGUUCAUCUACCACACCAGCAGCGUCGUGUGGAACUGGGAGGCCUCCCCGUCCAUCGGCGCGGUGAUGUACAUGACGUUUAUCACUCUUGGUGUGAGUGCUGUGCGGCGAGGGCGCGAGUUUUUACAAAACCGUGCAGCCCCGAACACACAGGAAGUCGUGGUAGAGGACCAGCAUCCACCAGUAGAAGGAGCAGAAGGAGAGGAGCAGCCGCAGGUAGUGGAAUCUGCGGAGGCUGCAGUGGAAGCAACAACAGAAGGCGAGACAAACGCUGCUGGCCGGUCGCAGCAGCAAGAAGAGCCGCAGGUGGAGGCCGUGGCACAACAACUGCGGCCCAUCCGUGCGGUGGAGUAUUGUCCCCGCCGCCCCGUCAGUCGUCCAACGUGA